ACCAAAACAGUCCAUUUUGGGACCACUCACGUCCAUAUCACUAAUACAAUAAAAGUUAUCCCGACAUGUCACCACCGCCGUUAAUUCGGGCAUUCAUAAACGAACGUCUGGCAGCCGCUGCAGAGGAGAUAUUUGAGUUUUUUGAGCGAAUAGUUGUCAAAUACGAAGAAGAAGCUUCCAGUUCGCAGAUGGAGAUAAAACGCCUCCGAGGUGUUCUGCUGGAUUUUGUUUCACACCACAAAACAGACUUUUUGCAGUCAGCAGCCCAUGAGGAGGAACAUUCCCUCGAACAGCAUCCCUGUCAGCGGGAGUUGAGGGUGAACUUCGGUCGCACGGAAUUAGAGCUGCUCCACGUUAAACAGGAACAUCCGGCACUGUGGGAGGCAGACGACCAAGUCCGGGAGGAUUCCCAAGUCUUGUGCGCGCCUCAGUCUUCUGGCUGGGAGCAAGAUGAGCGAGAAGACAACAAAGGGUCUCUGCAGAUGGAGAUUCAGGUGGACACUGCACCCCUGACGCUUCCUGUCAGCACUCUUCAAUUAUCCCCGCCCCGGGAUGGACUUGAUAGACAAACCCUAGAGGGAUCAGCAGGGCAAACCUUCACCGAGUUGUCACAUCUGACUUUGGUCACGCAGGACUACCGCUGUCACCUGUGUGACAAGUCCUUCUCCUUCAACCACCACCUGGUCAACCACGCGCUCCGCAUCCACUGGAAGGACGUGCGCUGCGCCGUGUGCGGAGACUCCCUGGAGUCCCCCGUGCGCCUCAGCGAGCACCUUCAGUCGCACCGCGGCUCCAAGACCUGCCCCACGUGCGGCAAGCGGUGCAGCAGCGUGAGCGCGCUGGCCGAGCACACGACCAGCCACACGGGCGAGAAGCCGCACCGCUGCCACAUGUGCGGCAAGGAGUGCAGCCGCAAGGGCGACCUGAAGAUACACAUGAGGAUCCACACGGGCGAGAAGCCGUACUGCUGCUCGCACUGCGCCAAGCGCUUCACGCACAGCGGGCACCUGAGGAAGCACCUGAGGAGCCACACGGGCGAGAGGCCGCACACGUGUGGCAUCUGCGGGCGAGGCUUUCUGCAGAGCACGCACCUCAAACAUCACCUGACCACUCACCGGCAGACAUCUUGACCAGUUCGCACUCCAGUGCGCCACGUUUCUCCUCACUUGUAACGGGGACUUAAUACUGCGGUACCCCCAUGUGGAUACGCAGACCAACACACUCGUUUUGUAAUAAAAAACAAAAAGUGGGACAUACAAACCCCGUUUCCAUAUGAGUUGGGAAAUUGUGUUAGAUGUAAAUAUAA